CGGAGGGCGGAGAGAAGGGCGAGGGCGGAGAAUGGGGCGAGGCGGGGGGCCACCCCCUCGCCCCACUCUCCGCCCCCUCCCCGCCCCCACUGCCAUCCUGGGGAGCGGCGGGCGUCCGCGCCAGCGGACCGGGCAGGGCCCUGGCGGACAUUGGCACCGAGAGCACCGGAGGCUUCAACCCGAUCGGGACCGCGGCGGGCCUGUCGUUGCCCGUCAUCUACGCCUUCCCCGGAGUCCCAGAAGGCGGAGGUGAGAGAGAAGGAGGAGGAGCUCGCCCGGGCGAGGCGCGAAACGCCCUCGUUCAUGGAGUUGCUGCCCAGCACAUUCAUCGACCGGUCGGAUAUGAGGCAGAAGGAGGAGGCUCUGCGCAGAGUCCAGGACGGCGAGGCGACCUACUCCGUGCUCCUCCCCGUCGCGGUCCUCGCGGGCGCCGCCGUGGUCGCCCCGCCGAUCUUCACCAACGUCGGCGCCUGGCUGAGCCUCUUCCGGUAAUCAUUGGCCCGGGGGGGCGCGAGCCGCCGGGGCGGCCCGCGCGGGCGGGCCAGGGCGCGGCGGGUGCCCCGCCCGCGCGCUCCCUCGUGCUCCAGCGUCCUGCCUGCCACUCUCU